CUUUGCGCCUAUUGGCGGAGCUCGGCCCCGCCCCGUCAGGUGCGCUCCCGUCAUGCCCCGCAAGCGGCCGUUCAGCGCCAAGCGGAAAAAGCGGCAGCUCCGGGAGCGGCGGGAGCGCAAACGGGGCGGUGAGAAACGGAUGGGAUAUGCUCUGAGUGUCCCCUCAUGUCCCCCCCGUCCCCUCAUGUUCCCCCCUGUCCCCUCAUGUCCCCUGAUGUCCCCCGGUCCCCAGGCCCUGGGGGUGCCGCCCGCGCUGGCCGCCCACGUCUCGCAGGACCUGGCGAAGGGCCUCAUCCUCAUCCUCAACAAGGUGGACCUGGUGCCACCCGCGGUGGCCACGGCCUGGAGCCACCUCCUGCGGGCCCGGCACGGCGCGGCCCGGGUGGUCCCGUUCUGCACCGCCCCCGGCCCGGCCCCCAGCCCUUGGGAGCGGUACCGGCACGGCGUGCUGACGCUGGGCUGCGUCGGUUUGCCGAACGCGGGGAAGUCGUCGGUGCUGAACGCGCUGCUGGGCCGGGGCGCGGUGGGCGUGUCCCGCGCCCCCGGCCGCACCCGCUACUUCCAGACCCAUUUCCUGACGGGCUCCGUGCGCCUCUGCGACUGCCCCGGCCUCGUGUUCCCCUCGCGCGCCCCGCCCGAGCUCCAGGUCCUGGCAGGGGUGUACCCCAUCGCGCAGCUGCAGGACCCCUACUCGGCCGUGGGGUUUUUGGGGUCCCACCUGGCCCUGCCCCCCCUGCUGCAGCUGCGCCCCCCCAGCGGCGGCGCCUGGACGGCCUGGGAGCUGUGUGAAGCCUGGGCAGAGAAGAGGGGCUACAAGACGGCGCGGGCGGCGCGCAACGACGUGGCGCGCGCGGCCAACGGGCUCCUGCGGCUGGCGGCCGAGGGGCGGCUGCGCCUCUGCUUCCGGCCCCCGGGCUACUCCCGGGAAAAAGAGCGUUGGGAGCUCCACCCCGACACCGCGGCGCUGGCGGCCAUGACAGGGGGCGGGGCCUGCGCCCCUGACCCCGCCCCCAGCUCCGAGGACGAGGGGGCGGGGUCAGACCAGGCCACGCCCCCUCCCAGCCCCGCCCCCAACCCCUUCGCGCUGCUGGGCGAGGACGAGUGCUGAGCCAAUCGGAGCGCGCGGAUUAGCAUAUCGCCGCGUACGGAAUAAAGCGUUUAUUUCUGCA